CUGGAUAAAAGAAGACUGGAAGCAUGUCAGAGUUCUGGCUAAUUUCUGCCCCUGGAGAUAAGGAAAAUUUACAAGCUAUGGAGAGGAUGAAUACUGUAACUUCCAAGUCCAACCUGUCUUAUAAUACCAAAUUUGCUAUUCCUGAUUUCAAGGUGGGGACCUUAGAUUCCCUUGUUGGUCUCUCUGAUGAGUUGGGAAAACUCGAUAUCUUUGCUGAAAGCCUCAUAAAAAGAAUGGCUCAAAGCGUGGUAGAAGUAAUGGAAGACACAAAGGGAAAGGUUCAGGAGAACCUCCUGGCCAAUGGAGUUGACUUAACAUCCUUUGUGACCCAUUUUGAAUGGGACAUGGCCAAAUACCCUGCAAAGCAGCCGCUGGUGACCGUGGUGGACACACUUGCAAAGCAACUAGCACAAAUCGAGACAGAUCUGAAAUCCCGAACGGCAACAUACAACACUCUGAAGACCAACUUGGAGAACCUGGAGAAGAAGUCAACGGGCAACCUCUUCACUCGGACACUGUGUGAUAUUGUGAGCAAAGAAGACUUUGUGUUGGAUUCUGAAUACCUCAUCACACUUCUGGUCAUUGUUCCCAAGCCAAACUACACACAAUGGCAAAAAACCUACGAAUCUCUCUCGGACAUGGUGGUGCCCCGGUCAACCAAAUUGAUUGCUGAGGACAACGAAGGUGGCCUUUUCACUGUAACUCUGUUUCGAAAAGUGAUUGAUGAUUUCAAGACUAAGGCCAAAGAAAACAAGUUCACUGUCCGUGACUUUUACUAUGAUGAAAAAGAAAUUAAAAGGGAAAAGGAAGAGAUGAGCAGAUUGCUGUCUGAUAAGAAGCAACAGUAUGGCCCCCUGCUGCGCUGGCUCAAGGUGAACUUCAGUGAAGCCUUUAUUGCCUGGAUCCAUAUAAAGGCCUUGAGAGUGUUUGUGGAGUCUGUGCUCAGGUAUGGACUACCAGUCAAUUUUCAGGCAGUGCUCCUACAACCUCAUAAGAAGUCAUCUACCAAACGUUUAAGAGAAGUGCUGAACUCCAUCUUCAAACAUUUGGAUGAAGUAGCAGCUGCAAGUAUAUUGGAUGCAUCUGUGGAGAUCCCUGGAUUACAAUUUAAUAACCAAGAUUAUUUUCCUUAUGUCUACUUCCACAUUGACCUCAAUCUUCUUGAAUAGAAAAGUCAGCUGGCACUAAGCUUCCUUAUCCAUGCAAACCACCACAGAUGCAGAGAAUCGUUUAAAUGCCCUAUAUAAUUUAGGUUUUCAGAGAAAUUGCUCACAGAGUUACAUACAAUUGUAUUUAUUUUUUUUAAGUUACAAUAAAGAAAUGCUCAGUCCUUUGAAU